AACGCGUUUGACCUUGUAAAACCCGUCGACCGAGACCCUUCUACAACUAGCUCCCUCGCCAGAGAGACUGAGUCGCAAUUAAAGCACUCAAUAUCCGCAAAGGAGACCUAAAUCUACACUGACUGUUCUCGUAUAAAUGACAUUGCCCAAAUUCACUUAAUAAUAUCCAGCUCACGUCUCAACAGACCCACUUGCCUCCAUCAUCAUCUCCGUCUAUCACGACCCAAAAGGAUUCCCCCAAAUUUCUCUUUUACUCUUCUCUUGAUCUGUUUUCUCACCUCUAUUGAGGCAAUAAAAAGACUCUAAAGACCAGAACUUGGGGACCCUAGUCCGCCGUGGUAGCCAUGGCGGACAUAGUGAAGCAGAUCCUAGCAAAGCCGAUCCAAUUGGCGGACCAAGUGAUUAAAGCGGCGGACGAAGCAAGUUCUUUCAAGCAGGAAUGUACGGAGCUCAAGUCUAAGACGGAAAAGCUAGCGGGCCUCCUACGCCAGGCGGCUCGAGCCAGCUCUGACCUAUACGAGCGCCCCACGCGGCGGAUCAUAGAUGAUACGGAACAAGUCCUCGACAAGGCUCUCUCCCUGGCCAUCAAAUGCCGGGCCAACGGCCUCAUGAAGCGAGUCUUCACCAUCAUUCCAGCCGCGGCAUUCCGGAAAAUGUCGUCCCAGCUGGAGAACUCGAUAGGGGAUGUGUCUUGGCUCCUCCGUGUCUCGGCCCCUGCCGACGCUCGAGACGAUGGGUACCUGGGACUGCCUCCCAUCGCGGCCAACGAGCCUAUUCUCUGCUUCAUAUGGGAACAGAUAGCAAUUCUCUAUACGGGUUCGCUUGAAGGUCGAUCCGAUGCUGCGGCUUCACUGGUUUCGCUUGCUCGGGAUAAUGAUCGGUAUGGGAAGCUGAUCAUCGAGGAAGGUGGGGUUGGACCUCUGUUGAAAUUGAUCAAAGAUGGCCAAGCAGAGGGCCAAGAGAACGCCGCUAGAGCAAUUGGACUGCUUGGUCGUGACCCUGAAAGCGUGGAGCACAUGAUUCAUGCUGGUGUUUGUUCUGUGUUUGCAAAAAUCCUCAAAGACGGUCCAAUGAAGGUUCAGGCCAUGGUAGCAUGGGCUGUAUCCGAGCUAGCCGCUAAUUACCCCAAAUGUCAAGAUCUUUUUGCCCAGAACAAUAUUAUUCGCUUGCUCGUUAGCCAUCUCGCUUUCGAAACUGUUCAAGAACAUAGUAAGUACACCAUUACCGUCAACAAAACAACAUCCAUCCAUGCCAUUGUGGUAGCCAGCAAUAAUUCCAACACCAACAACGUUGGCAAUGCAAAUGGGGAUGACAAGCAGAAUCAGAAUCAAAUUGCUCAUCCCUUGGGAAAUCGAACCCCAAGUCAGAUGUACAAUGUUGUCACCAAUACCAUUGCACUGAAGACAGGGUCCAAACCUCUCCAACAGAUAAAUAAUAGCGCAAACCAGAACACCCAGGUCAAGAACAACAAUGGCAACACAAAGCAAAAUCAUCAGCAGAAUCUUUCACUUUCAGGUACUAGCAUUAAGGGGAGAGAACUGGAAGACCCUGCAACAAAGGCCAACAUGAAAGCUAUGGCAGCAAGAGCACUUUUGCAUCUUGCCAAGGGGAACUCGCCUAUAUGCCGUAGCAUAACAGAGUCAAGAGCUUUGUUAUGUUUUGCAGUUCUACUGGAGAAAGGUCCUGAAGAUGUUAAAUACACUUCGGCCAUGGCAUUGAUGGAAAUCACAGCUGUGGCAGAGAAGGAUCCAGAGUUGAGAAGAUCAGCAUUCAAGCCAAGUUCUCCCGCUUGCAAAGCUGUAGUUGAUCAGUUACUAAACAUCAUUGAGAAGGAGGAAUCAGAACUCCUGAUCCCUUGUGUCAAAGCUAUUGGGAAUCUGGCGAGGACAUUUCGGGCAACAGAGACAAGGAUGAUUGGCCCACUGGUGACGCUGCUUGAUGAGAGAGAAGCUGAAGUUUCAAGGGAAGCUUCAAUUGCUCUCACAAAAUUCGCUUCAAGCAUAAACUACCUCCACCUUGAUCACUCCAAAGCCAUAAUUAAUGCUGGAGGAGCUAAGCACUUGAUCCAGCUUGUGUAUUUUGGUGAACAAAUUGUUCAAACAUCUGCAUUGGUUCUCCUGUGCUACAUUGCACUGCAUGUACCAGAUAGCGAAGAACUUGCUCAGGCCGAGGUGCUGACUGUGCUUGAAUGGGCAACAAAACAAUCUUACGUGACCCAAGAUGAAGCAAUUGAAACAUUGUUACAAGAGGCCAAGAGUAGGUUGGAGCUUUAUCAGUCCAGAGGCUCAAGGGGAUUCCAUUGAGCCAAGCAAAAAAUGCUUACUAGUUUCUUGUAAUUGGUAAAAAGAAUUUUCAUUAUUUUCUUAAGUUUUCUCAUUAUCAUGGAGUGUAAAUACACUAAUUUGCCUUCUGUAAGUGUUUAGAAGAUUUUCUGCAUUUCAGAAUCUAUUUCUUUCUGUGUUCUGUAUCUCCCCCAAAAGUAGGCAUAAUACUGAAAGAUUUCAUAUUGCUGAUCACAA